GAGAAAUCACUUGGUGCUGGCAUCAGCAAAACGUGUGAAAGCGCUGCUACUUGAGGAAAUCGCGUUAGAUAAGCUAACUGACGGAGGCGCUGAUGAAGAUGGACUUUUGCGCCAAUCUGAGGAGCUGCAUAAUUUUGCGCUGAAGUUAUCAUUGGAAAUGUUCGGCGAAGUGAACGUGCAAACAGCUAAGCACUACGGCAAUUUAGGCCGACUUUAUCAAACUAUGAAUCGAUUUGAGGAAGCGGAACGUAUGCAUCUAAAAGCAAUACAAAUUAAAACAGAUCUUUUGGGUGCCUAUGAUUAUGAAGUGGGUCUGUCGAUUGGUCACUUGGCUUCACUUUAUAAUUAUCAUAUGGGAAAAUAUCGCGAAGCAGAAUCAUUGUACAUGCGCAGCAUUGAGAUUAGUUUACGGCUAUUCGGAAAAUCGUAUUCAGGACUAGAAUAUGACUACUUAG